AUGGACGGUCCGGGAUCGUCCUUCAACGGCAAUUCACAACGUCGCAAGCUCGUCAAGAAACCCCCCUCUCACACAUACACUCGUUCCUCCUCGGGCUUCGACGACUCGCAGUCACUUGGCAGCAGACGCAGCUCCCAGAGCCUCCGACGAGCACCUAGUGCUCCUCCAGUUCGAUCCUCCGUUGCAAACACCUCGAGCAGCUCAUCGCCAAGACAUCCGCCCGUCUCCCAGUGGCCGUCGAAUGCCUCGCCUGCCAUCGCUCAAGCAGACUUUCUUGCCACCACCAACCUACCUAGCGGAUCUGGACUCACCAACAACCCCGUCCUCGCGCAUCGCUCAAAUCGCCUUUCCGACUCUCACGCCCGCCGACACAGCAGAGAACCUUCUGACGACCUCCUCGGCGCGCCUUUCGACGGUGCUGCCAUCCUGAGCCGCAUCGAAUCUACCAAAUACACGAGCCCACGAGAAUCAGUUCAGCGUCCACCCGUUUCCCCCGCACUUGCGAAGCCCAUUCCUGGAGGCCGAAUCGUGAGCCCCGCGCUCAGAGCUUCACAGAGCUUCAGCAAUAUGGAGCCCGCCAUCACAGAGAAAAUUCAUGGCGGCAGAGUACCUGAUGGCACCGUAGCCGCGCCGAAGCGGUACUCCGAUGAAGGCAAAGACUCCAAGCCGCCCAUGCUUCGCAAGAAGUCGGGCUUCUCAGGCUUCGUCACCAGCCUGGUUGGUUCACAAAAGAAACCAACCAUCUCAGCACCAGAGAACCCAGUGCACGUCACCCAUGUGGGAUACGAUAGUGCAACUGGCCAAUUUACUGGUCUACCGAAGGAAUGGCAACGCCUGAUCAACGAAAGUGGAAUUCCGGAGAAGGAGAGACGGGAAAACCCUCAGACCAUGGUGGACAUAUUACAAUUUUACAAAGAAACAACCGAGCGACCUGCGGAAGAUCAAGUCUUGGAAAAAUUCCCCCAUGCUGCACCGGCUGAUAGUCGUCCAUACAACACACCCACUUCUCCUAACAUGUACCCUACCAAUUAUAUGGGAAGUUUUGAGAAUCCCCGCGCUCCCCCACCGGUGCCACCUUCGAGAACUCCUGGUAGAGAUAUGAUGCCCAGUCGCCCGGCUCCCAAACCACCGGUCAGCAUGAACAACAGACCGCUGCCACCAAGUGUGUAUCCUACAAAGGACUCUGGCAUUGGUCUCUCCCAACAAUCCGACGACUACUCGCCACAAGGAAAGGAUAACGUGCCCAUGCUACCCGAGGAGCAUCGAUCAAGAUCCAACUCUCGAGCCAACGGUCAAUCACCCUUCAGUCCUCCCACUCCCCAGCCAGGCCAGACCACUGCCCAGGCGGCGGCGUAUCAACAGCAGCAAUUUGUGCAGCAGCAACAUGAACAAGCCAUGGCACAAGCACAAGCAGCAAUGUCUGGGCAUGUCGGUCGUGCCCCUAGCAAGCGAACACCUCAACCCCAGGCACCAGUGCCCGCCCCCCAUCAAAACGCCGCCUACGCCCGACCAGGAGACGCAAAUGGACACCCCAAUGCAUCCCGGCAACAACCCGGGCCUGGCGCAGUGCCUGGCGCGAGGCCUCGACAUAGACCCCGCCAAAGCAACGGCAUUGAUGUUGUUGCGUCAUUGAAACGAAUCUGCAACGAUGGCGAUCCACGGGAGGUCUUCCGCGGGUUUACAAAAAUUGGCCAAGGCGCUUCUGGCGGUGUCUUUACUGGUUACGAGAGGGGUACCAAUCGACUUGUUGCUAUCAAGCAGAUGAACCUCGAACAGCAACCAAAGAAAGACCUCAUCAUUAACGAAAUUUUGGUUAUGAAAGAUAGCUCACAUCCCAACAUCGUGAAUUUCAUCGAUAGCUACCUCUGCGGAGGCGAGCUAUGGGUAGUCAUGGAGUUUAUGGAAGGUGGCAGCUUGACAGACGUCGUCACCUUCAAUAUUAUGACGGAAGGACAAAUUGCAUCGGUGUGCCGCGAGACUCUAAAGGGCCUCCAGCAUUUACAUUCCAAGGGCGUCAUUCACCGCGAUAUCAAGUCGGACAACAUUUUGCUAUCAAAUGAGGGUAGCAUUAAACUCACGGACUUUGGUUUCUGUGCCACUAUCAACGAAGCGCAGAAUAAACGAACGACCAUGGUUGGAACGCCAUACUGGAUGGCACCGGAAGUUGUUACGAGAAAGGAGUACGGUCGCAAGGUAGAUAUCUGGUCACUUGGAAUCAUGGCCAUUGAAAUGAUUGAGGGAGAGCCACCAUACCUAACUGAAUCACCACUUCGAGCCUUGUGGCUGAUUGCUACCAACGGAACGCCACAAAUCAAGAACGAAGCCGCGCUUUCACCUUUGUUCAAGGAUUUCCUCUACUUUGCUUUGAAGGUAGAUCCCGAGAAACGAGCAAGCGCUCAUGAUCUGCUAAGGCAUGAAUUUAUGAAGCAGUGCGUGGAUUUAGGUCAAUUGGCCCCUCUCGUUCAAUCCGCCAGAGAACAAAGAGCCCAGGAGAAGGCACGAAAGCAAUAA